GCGCGCUCGUCGUUCAGGAGCGAAAGACUCGGUCCGUACAGGAUCGAUCUAGUCUUGCUCCUUUUCCCCCAGUUGAUAGCAGAACGUUCAUCGGAAUCUGGACUGGGGUAAAGGGCUUGCGAAUGGGUGUGCUGCGGCAUUACCUGGUCUAAGCUGGGUGGAAGGAAAACUUUCCUAGGCGCACGCUGGUCCGCAAACUGGACCUUUAGGUCUAACGGCACUUCAAGAGAUUGGGCCUUGAUCCAUGGCGUAGCCAAUAUGAAAGAGGGGAUGAUUGCUUCGUUGAUGCUUUGUAUUUUACUUUUCCUGGCCCCAGCACUCAAAAAUCAAGGGACUGUCGCCGCUUCUGGGGAUGACAGAGUCAACAUCACCAAAAUUCUCAACGCAUUCUUUGACCAGGGCUAUGACAAGCGGGUCAGACCGAAUUACGGAGGUCCGCCGGUGAUAGUGAGCGUCACGAUGUUCAUCCUCAGCAUCAGUUCUGUAUCAGAGGUGCUAAUGGAUUUUACUCUUGAUUUCUACUUUCGUCAAGCUUGGACUGAUGACCGGCUUUCGUUUACCCCGAGGACGGGAUUCGAGAGCUUGACGGUAGGCGCCGAGGUCGCUGAUCGAAUUUGGGUCCCGGACACCUUUUUUGUAAACGAGAAGAGCGCCUAUUUCCACAAAGCUACUACACAAAAUACAUUCCUCCGUAUCUCCGCAGGUGGUGAAGUCUUCAGAAGCAUUAGAUUAACUGUAACAGCUGGAUGUCCUAUGGAUUUACAGUACUUUCCUAUGGACAGACAAGUGUGCUUUCUCGAAAUUGAAAGUUUCGGAUACACAAUGAGAGACAUAAGGUAUAAGUGGGGAGACGGAGAGAAAUCUAUUGGUAUGUCAACCGACGUUGAGCUACCCCAGUUCAAAGUCUUAGGCCACAGGCAAGACCAAAAAGAAGAACACCUAUCGACAGGUAACUAUUCGAGAUUAGUGUGUGAGAUUCAGUUUGUGCGGAGCAUGGGCUACUAUUUAAUCCAGAUAUACAUCCCAGCCGGGCUGAUAGUCAUCAUUUCAUGGGUGUCUUUCUGGCUGCACAGAAAUGCUACACCUGCCCGAGUAGCCCUGGGGGUCACCACCGUGCUCACAAUGACCACCCUUAUGUCCAGUACCAACUCCGCCUUACCCAAAAUCUCGUAUGUCAAAAGUAUUGACGUCUACUUAGGAACCUGCUUCGUGAUGGUGUUCGCUUCCUUGUUAGAAUAUGCAACGGUUGGCUACCUGGGAAAGAGAAUAAGUAUGAGGAAGGCCAGGAACCAGCAGAUGGCAAAGAUGGCUCAAGAACACCGACAGAGAUGUGUGGCAGCAGCCGCGGCUGCGGAGGGGCCCGAAAGGUGCCCCCCUCCGGAGGCGGUUCUUCUGCCAGGGAAUGCUGAAGUUACCAUGGUCAAAUCGGCCGUGCGAGGACAGCCGGAGGGUCGUCAAAAGAUGGUUGAACCACCUCACCCCAACAAACCCGUUGAGAAUCCCGCCAACGGUGCUCCCGACCUUGAUGCCAUCUUCGGCAAAAAAGCAGACAGCUUAUUCGGCGUUAGUCCCAGCGAUAUUGAUAAGUACUCUCGGGUUGUGUUUCCCGUUUUCUUUGUUUGUUUUAACCUCAUGUACUGGAUCAUCUAUUUGCACAUCAGUGAUACUAUAAACGAAGAGUUUGUAUCCUUGGGCUCGCGUUAAAUGCACCGUCUAUUGCCAAACAUGCAAGAGGAACAAACAGAAGAGAAACGAGUCUCCUAGAGAAUCCUGUUUUUGCACAAGUUUCCUUUGACUAGAACUUCUUCCUCGUCUCAAUUAGAACGUGUUGUGAUGAUGGAAAUGUGUUGGCUCACACCUCGUCUCCUACAGUGUACUUUCUGUUCUUACUAGACUCAUCAAGAAUGUCAUUUACUACCUAAGUUAAAGAUGAAAAAACCUCAUAACACCAUCACAACAUUUGUACUUGUCACUACAAAAUGCCUUUUGUACCCCUUAAAGUUCCAAAAAAGGAAUGUGAGCUGUAGUGUGUCCUUUCUUUUGCAACACACGUAAGCAUUGCAGUUUACUUUUCACGCAUAGUAUAUAAUAAUAUGUCAAUUUCUUAUAGUCAUUUCAAUUGUAAAAAAAAAAAUUCUCGCUUUCCUUUUCCCUUCAAAAAAUAUCUUUCUGGAAAUUUUAUUAAGGGAUGGGAUUCUAAUGUCAAAAUAUGUUAAGCAUUAACUCAAAAAUGAGGUACAAAUAUAUACUAUUGUGCUCAAUCUAAGCUCAGGUGCUGUUCAUAACAGAAAUGUCAUCAUAAAAAGGAUUUAUCUUUUCCAUAAAAAUUUACUUACUGCUCACAAACAGUAUUGAUUUGUGCAUAGAUAGCUUUAUGUCAUCAGUUUAUAUUUCGUCGCCGAUGACCCAACUCUUAGAUAUUGAACUGGAAGUUCAAAGAAUAAUAUCAGCAAUUUUAUAAGAUGCAUAUAUAUAUGCACAUCCAGUUCAAUACACUAGACAUCACACGAAAUGUAAACAGAUGUCAGGCUUAGAGCCACAUAAGCUUCUAGCAUUGGAUCUCUAAAAAUUUGAAGGAAAUCAAACUGUAAGCUUCUCACGAUUCCUUUAGUCCCUAUGAAACUAUACAAAACCUCUAGUGCAUUAGCAUUUCUUAUCUGUAGAUAAUGAAAGCCUUUCAUUCUUUUAACUUUAGAAGAGUGAAUAAUUUUAUCUUAUCAUAAAUUAAACAAUGAAUUUCAUUUAACCUGCCAGUUGGUGUUAAUUUAAUCAAAAUGAUUAAAUUAAUGAAAACGAUUAAAUUAAAGUCAUCAAUGGAAGGUUAGGAUGUUCUUAAGAAAGCGAACGUUAUCAAAAAUGCUUUUUUACGAUUGUAACUGAGUUUCGUAAUAAUUUCGCGCUUAGUUGUUUCUUUGGGAUUUUCGCGAUUAGUGAGUGAUUUAGCGAUUUCGCGAUGAAGACUCACACUGCAAACUUCGCGAUUAGACUUCCGAAUUUUUAGAAAUUUCGCGACUAGCAAUAAUAUGUAUAAAGCAAUUUCGCGAUUAGUAUUUCAUUUCACAGCCAACUCGCGAAUUAUAACGCCGUGAGGUUUCGCGAAAAGUAAUAAGCAUUCUGGUGAAUUGUACAAUUUGUAGUCAUUUUCAUAGGUCAAUUCUUUUUUUAGAAAGAUUUCGUUUUUAAGUCAACAGUUUUAGUAAUGCCGACUCACCGAAAAAUCCUUUUCCUCGAUUCCAAUUGUUAUUUCUCUGUCAUUUUGAAAUCUCUUUUCAAAGCUCUGUUUGUGCUUGAAUCUAUUCAAAAUGAGAUUUUCCUAGUGCAUCUAAGAAUAACAUAAUAAAUAAACAUUUUAUGUUGUUUAAUUCUUCUCGCUGGAGUGAGGUGAAAAGAAAUGCUUCAUAGAACUUAAAGAGAAUGUGUGCAUCGUCUAAUGUGAUAUAGUCAUACUUUGUUAUUGAUGUAGAGCAGUUAGUUUCAUAAAAGAAAUUGCUCUUGUUCACAUAGAGUUUCAAGUGCAAUUCCUGUAAUCAAAUUGAGUGUAUAUAAAGAGUACAAUAAAACAAUUCCUGUUGCAAUUGGUUAUAAUCUUAAAUGGAAACAUUAUGAGAAAUGACCUGAGAAGUCGUUUUAUAAGCUGUGAUAUUCUGUAUGCAGUCAUGUUCCUGAAUGUUGUCUUUUCAUUUCAUUUCUGAGUUCAGUUCUAAAUGGCAUUUCAGUUGGCGCUUGUUCAAAACAUUUCUCCAUAGCAAGGCGCUGGGUGUGAUUUUUGUGUCUCUCAUUUCUUGAAUUGUAUUUUCAAAAUAUAGAGCAAUAAAAAGAAACUUUGAAAUUAUAUUAACACACAAGUAUAUAAUAUGUGAUAUAUUCUUCAAAAUAUCAAUGUAAAAAUUAUGUUAAUCCAUGUUGUCAAUGUUAUUUAAUGUAUGUAUAUGUGUGUGUGCACUCCAAUACCUCCGAAAUUUAAGAAUUCCUGAUAUUCAAGUGCAAUACCUAUUUCGUGUUAUCAAAUACAUGUGCACCGUAUACAAUUUCUGAUAACAUUUUUGUCUAAUAUAUGUUACGUUUCUGCCUUAAUAAUAUUCAUAGAAAUGUGCCAAAUCAGAUUUCAUGUGACUUUUUCCAGAACAUGUAAAUAUUGCGUAAAUGAAGAUAAUUUACAUAAAACCAGUCAAAUAUUUCAAUUAACCUCGAAUUUAUUUUCCUACAAAUUGAGAAUGUUUUUCUUAUAAAGCAUGUUCUGUACACUAUCCAUUGUAGCUACUGUAGUUAACUGUACAUAUACACAGAUAUUUUAUCCUUGUGUUGUCCUACUUUCAAUCCUUAUGUCCAUAUAUUUCCCUGAAACAGAUAUAGUCUUUUAAUAUAUACCAUUUAAAUUGAAUUUCAUCUUAAUAUUCUAACUACAACAUUUUUGUUGCAACAAUGUCAAUACCAUUAAAAUUUAUCUACGUUUUUUUAGAAGCCAGAAAUAUUGACUUUCUCAAUCAUUUAGAACAACAACAAUAUGAAUUCCUUUUAUCUUAUUGAGAUUUUCAAUUAAUUGAUAUUUACCACUAGUAUGUCCGUCCGCAAACUUAUGGUUAGAAAACCAUUCUGAACCCCAAUAUAGAUGAACAAACGAAACAAAGGACUUCCUCAUCGUAGUGCAUUAUUUUCCUCACAGUACAGGUAUCUGUAGCAAUACUUACUAUGCAAUAAAAAUAUUUUUCAAAUAAAUCAUUCAAAAUAUUACAAUGAAAUCUAGGUGAUGAUUAAGAGCUGAAAUUGAAAUUUUCGGAUUCUGUAAGUAAAAUUCUGUAGCUGCAGAAAUGAAUAAUCAUCUUAUAUUUGUGAUAUUUAUGUAUUCUGCCGAUAUAAUUCAAUUUUUGUCCUAACUUUUUUAUUACUAUUGAGAUGUACAAGUAAAUGUUACUUAAAAGCCUUCUUUUAGAAAUAUAUGAAUUCAAACAGGAAUUCUGCCUUCAAUAUGUGGCCACUUUUUUAAAAACUUGUUAUCUUAUCUAAUCUUGAAGAAUGUAUUCAUUUCAUUAUCUAAAAUUGUCAGUUUUUUUGUUUCAAAUGACCAUUGAAGGUAACGUGUAAAAUUAUCAAUGAAACGGGCAUUUUAAAUAGACAGUUUUUAGAUUAAUCAAUUAUUGUUGAUCAUUUUCUUGAAAAGAUAGGAAAAGACGGUCAUAACAAAAAUUGUGGUGGUAAGAUGGUUAAAUUUGAUGAUAACAUUCAAAGGAAUUUGGGAGAAGAGAUUUUGUUGAAUGUGUAAUCAAGCAAACGUUCUACAUUUUUUGACUCUACUGGCAAGCUGAUAUGUAUUCAAAUUGUUUUGAUUUCACUUAUCAAACAAAACAGUUUGGAUCCAUCACAAUUUUUCGUGCUCUUUACUCGCUACAAAUUCCACUGAAUAUAAAGGUAUGCAUUAAGAAAAUUCUCAUAUUAUCACUGAAUUCAAAAAGGAAAACUGUGCUUCUAUUUAAUAUAGAAGUAGAAACUGUUGAUGUCGACAAAAUAUGUCUACUAGUUCGAUAAAAGAAAUCGUCUUUUAGUUCACGAUUAGAUCUAGAGAAUAGAUGAGAAAUGAGAGUUUGUAGAUGGAUAGCGUAGCGUUGCAUGAGGAAUUUUGUUAUGCAUGAAAUAGAAAUAACAUUCUCCUUCUAUUGCUUGUUUGCGGUUAAAAGAAAUAAACAUUAGAGCUUAAAACUAAUCUUGAAUGAACGGUGCAACUCUGAUCAAUCGAGAAGUAAAACAUUUUGACAGGCGAGCCAGAAGUAUUUUUGAAAAUCACCAUUUUACUACCACAUCUUUCGAGCCAAAAGAGCUUUAGUUUCUUCCUUUUUUUUUUUUUUUUUUUUUUUUUUUUGAACGUGCGCACACAUGCGAACGAUAUAGAUCUUUCUUUCAUUUCCAAGUUGAAAUUUUAUCAUACUCUCUCUAUUGAUCUUAUCUUCACUCCUCUUCUCUCUUGUCCUCUUCCGUUGCUCUUUCUCCACUUUCAUGUUAAAGCCACACUUAUUGUGGCGUGUUUGUAGAAUUCUAGUCAUUUAUAAAUCUAUGAUUCUUCUAUAAAUAAGCACCAAUGCACUAUUGUAACUCAAAGACUGCAUAGCUGAAAUAUGUUUUGUGUUUCACAAAGAACAUUAUGUGCUUUCUGAAUGUUCACAAUAAAUUCAUUAUGAUUACUCUAUCGAAAUAUAAUUAAAAUGUUAUAACUGUUAAUGGUGUAAAAAAUCUUGCAUUGUGGCUCCAUAUGUGCAAAUAUAUAUGCCAAAGAGAAGGAGUUGCCACAGUAGUUUUAUUUGCCAUUCCAGUAAAAUUAGAUGGCAAUUGUGUUGUACACAGUAACGCCUGUAAUAAAGAGUCAGCAAAUUUUUACAGAUGAAAUGUUGCAUGAUUAAUGUUCAUUAGUUAUGAAAAUUUCCCAUCAUGUAUUGCAAAGUGAUGUAGCAAUUGGAUUAAUGCAUAUAUAAGUCACUAAAGGCGAUCCAUUCGUCCAAAGCAAUCUUAAUACGUAGGUAUAAGAUAAUCGCUCAACGCACCUAGUGGCCAUAACAUGAGGGUGCAAAAUUCUUUUACUGUAGACUUUGUAAUCACAAUAAAAUGAUACCUAAUCUC